CGCAUUCCUCCCGGCGCGUCGUCAUAAUCACAACCACCAGCACCAUCAACAUCACAACCACCACCCAACCAACCCCAUCGCGUCUCCCUCUGCUCCACCCCCUGUCGCGCGUAUAAAGGCACGCAGUGGAUGUCUCCUGCCCAGCUCCCAGUGUUUGUCUCCUGCUAUCUCCUGGUAGAUCUGUGCGCCGCCGUCUCUCCCUUUGGCCGCCGUAUCUCUCAGUGACAAACCUCCCCCGUGGAUUCUCUGUGCGCCCGUCUCUGCUUCGCCAUGACUCUCCGAGGCUGCCUGCUCCUGUCCCUGGUUAUGCUGUCCGUGUGCCUGGAUUUCACUGCCUCCCAGAACGAGGUUCCAGGAACCACGCAGGAGUUCGACUGCGAGCGCUACUCUUCACGCCGCUGCACGCGCAUGUACCUCCCCGUGUGCGGCACGGACGGGAAGACCUACCCCAACAGCUGCAUGCUCUGCUACAUGAACUGGAUGUACUCUCGCAAUGUGAACAUGGCACACGAGGGGCUGUGUUGAACGCAGCGACCCGGAUUCAGACCCUAAUCCUGGCAAGAUCCGGGGGCGGAGGAGCCCAGAGUGGAGAUCAGCGUCCUGCAUCUGCCGAAACCACCUUCUGCCAGAGCCGAUCGUCGUUUGUUAUAUUAGUCUAAUUAUAGUUGACAUUACGUGAAUGUAACCUCACAAUAGUAAAAUGUGUGUGCAUCUGACGAUUGUGGAUAUAGUUUAAAACAAAAUAAUAAUUCGGGGCAUUGUGGAGAAUAUAACAAAAACAAAUAAGCAGACAAUAUUCCACUAUCCGUCCCUUAGCUGUGUCUCCACAUAAACAAAUAAAUACAAAUAUUUUACACAUCACGUCGGCCACGUGGCCCUUCCUUCUGGGAGCGCAACAUUUCAACAGCAUUGGUUCAACACAAGCAAAACUCUGGACCGGUUUCGACAUUUAAUGUCUCAUCAGCAGUCAGGCUUGGUUUGAACCAUUGCUGGGGAACUGGCAGAUGCUUCUAGGCACUGACCCCCUGCCCCCCCAACUCACCCUCUGUUCGACGUUCGACGCAAAGUUAUAUCAUGCAUUAUGCAAAAUAUUUGCGUAUUUAUUUUAUAAUUAAAAAUAAAUUCAUUCAUUAACGAAGGCAUAGACCCAAAGCAAACGGCUCUUAUCUUGUAGCUACAUACCUCGGCUGUGUGUACCAGGCUGUCCAACCCCCACUAAGCUAAAUAAUAAGAAAAAAAAGAAUUUAAAGUUACCGCCAGGCAUGCCGCUAUUGCGCUCUGAUAACAUUACUGUGACGUUGCUCGUACAUAAACGCAUUUCAUCUUUUGUAUGUUGGGAAGUCGGAUGGGCAACGUUGAUACGCUCAUGUUGAAGUUGGCGAGUAAACCUGGUGAAUAUCUGAAAUACCGUUGCCAGUGAAUACUCGGUGCGGGCAGUAGCAUUGUUGUGCGUGCCACAGUUGGGGUUGCCGACUCGCAAGCAGAGCGAUAAGACUCACAAUGAUGCCCACGGACUGGCACACAAAACCACGUGACUUUCUGAGUAAUGGAAGCGGGCAGUGGUGUUUCUGUGCUCCAUCGUUUGAGAUCGGUGACCGCAGUCAUAGUGUGCUGUUGUUGUCAUUUGGCGUAGGGGAUGUGAUGUUUACUUUGUGAUGUCUUUGCAGUGUUACGGGCGGCACCAUUGAGAAUAAAUUGAAAGUAUUUUCUUUUUGUCAGUGACAAAGCUUAAAAUUCACGUGGAAUGGCCCGAGACGCACAGUUUAUGUGGGUGUGUCGCUGAAACUAAACUAAAACUUUUUAUAUUUUACCAGGUAAGGCCCACUGUGCUAGACAGCUCUUUUUCAGGAGCGACCUGGCGACAAAUGAUAGCUCAAUGAGAUACUGUGUGUCUAAGGUUCUGUCUUACUUUACACUUAUACUCCAUCGGGAAACUAUGCACCCCACUUUGCGGUGUUUGUAUAAGCUGAUGAUUGUUCCUGUUAUUGCUUAUUCGUACCGAUUUAUUUGCAAUAAUCUAAGUUUACUGUUUAAUUCACCGAGCACAUACAUCCACUUGUAGACAUUUAAAACGCACCGCACAUCAUUGAGGGGUGAGAGGCGACUCAACUCAUCAUCUUAUCAAGGGUGAUAAAAUAGAUACCAUGUUGUGGGGAAUCAAAAGUGGUCGUUCGGUCGAGAGGCUAGCCUCUGCCAUAGGAUUGUGGAAUUUCCUCCACUGGUUGAGGGCAAUUAAUGGAGACGAGUGUCGUCGGGAGACGCUUUAGGUUUUUUCACAAUACACUGAUCAUAAACCGUGAAUGUAGAUUCAGCAGUGGAUAGAUCAUGGCUGAUGAUUUAGUUGCAGAAACGAGUGGGAACAGUGAACCCAUCUCAGUCGUGUCCUCGGCCCCCACAAUCCAACAUCUGGGUCUCGUACUGCAUGGGCUGUGUUACAUUUGGGUUACACAACUGCCACCAUCCCGACUACUCCAACCACCACCACCACCUCAACCAUCGUCGCAGCCACCUCGACAACCACUCUGCACAACCGCCGUUGACUCUCUUGCCACCACCACGGUCAGCUCCACCCCAGUAUGGGUCCUCGCCAACAUCACCUCAACGCUGGCAACUUCCCACUGCACUGCCAUACAAACAGCAGUCAACAGGCACCUGCUUUUCCUGACCACGACACAAACUGCCAUGACAUCUACACAAGUACGAUGAAUGUUUGAUGUUUACGUAAUAAAAUAUGACGUAUAUAUCUUUGA